CUGUAGCGGUGGUCGUGAGCACACAUGCCGGCCUCACUACUCACCUCUCGCACAGCUGAUUGCGGUGAAUGGUGCUGCUGGGUAUAAGGGCGCAGAUAAAUUAAGCUAAGUGAAAAAGAGUCAUUUGGGAUAGCAAAUAGAUAAAUAGACCUACCAUAGUCGCUGUCUGUGAUCUGGUUGCUAUAUGACAAAAUAAGUCCUUAUACGCGCCAACUUAGGUGUUUGCGAAAGUUCUUUCGACUUGUUGCUUCCAUCUGUCGUAAGUCUUAUAUCGCAGUGCUCAACGUAAUUAAAACAAAGUGUGCAACUUCAAAGUUUGACGUAUAGCACCUGGCCAUUCUAUCAGCCUGAAAAAAAAUCCGUCAACUAGAGCGCGCCAAAAAGUUUCACUCAGUUUUUGCGUGUGCAUAUGCGCGCGCGGGUGUCUAUAAGUGCGUCUUUGUAUUUGAGUGAAUCAAGUUAAGCGAGCGCGCUUUGUUGGGUUCGUUGCUCGCGCCUAUUCACUCUACCCGCUUCUAUCUUUCUCGUCUUCCCGAAAGCUUUAAGCUUUACGGUACCCCGCAAGCGAACCACGGGGUUGGUUGCCACAACCCGAUCAUCAGCGCCCCCUGAGAUGUUAAAGGCAGCAUAUCGGUCUUUCUGCGCAAAAGGCCUUCGUAGUGUACCAAUGACUCAGAAGAUAACAGCCAGCGUGGAGCAGCUCCUUCGGGAGACACUUGACCCUGCUAAAGAUUCACGAAAUCCACAGAGCUCAGAGCCGGUACGCGAACUCUGCAAGCGAUACCAAACUUUGAACGAAGAGGCCAAAUUUGGAUUUCUGAAGAAGCUGGCACAGGAUUUCGACGUGGAUCAUAAACAAGUGCUUACAUCUGCACAGCACUACAUUGAUCAUGUCACUAAAGAUAAUCAGGAGAUUCCAUCCGUACGUUUGGAGGAGAAACUUCGUAUUGCGCUCACCCCACGCUAUAUGGAACUUUUCCAGCAGAUUGGAAAAUUAGAAGGCGGAGUUAAGUUUCUUGUUGAUCUUCGUGGGCAUAUGAUGGACCUAAUAGCAAAGGGAGGAACGGAUGUAUCUGCCGUUCGAGCGAUGAGCGGACAGCUAAAGGAUCUCCUUUCGAUUUGGUUUUCUGCUGGUCUCAUGAAAGUUGAACGGAUUACCUGGCAAAGUCCGUGCCAAAUGCUGCAAAAGAUCUCGGAAUAUGAAGCAGUGCACCCGGUACGCGGCUGGUUAGAUCUUAAACGUCGCGUUGGUUCUUACCGGCGGUGCUUUGUGUUCUGUCAUUCGUCAAUGCCAAGCGAGCCGGUUGUGGUACUGCAUACUGCGCUCAUGCAGCAUAUCGCCGAUAGCAUCAAAGAUAUUGUGCGACAUCAGAAAUCGUUUGAGUCCAUCGACACGUUACAAACUUCGACUUCUCUUGCAGCCUCCGUGGACGACUUGGAGGAUCCUUCUCAGGUGAAAGCUGCGAUCUUUUAUUCGAUAACGUCUACUCAAAAAGGUCUCCAGGGUAUAGAGCUUGGCAAACAUUUAAUCAAGAACGCUGUUCGUAACCUGCAGGCAGAACACCCAAAUCUUAGUAACGCGAGGAUCGCGUCAAUCUCCGUUCACACCUCAGGAGCUACAGGAAAUCACAGAUGAGGCCGAUGUUGACGAGGCACUGGCAAUGGUUCACGAGAUGAUACGGAGUCACCUGUGGUAUAAAAACGACGUAUUGCAAGAUCGAUUA